UUCUCGUUAGGAGGUACAACCAAAACGACGACGAACUCGCGACUGAAAAUCGAGAUUCGUUGAAGCCCCAAAAAGGGGCGGUAAAAUAGAGAGGGAGACGGAGGGAGCAACCAAACCCUAGAGUUGGAUUUGGAUCCGUUUCCCCCUCAAAAUUUCCUCGGAUUUUCCAUCGGCGUCGUUCUUCGUGAGAUGAGACAUGGAGAUCGAUGAGGUGGAGGCGGUUCUGGAGAAGAUCUGGGACUUGCACGACAAGCUGAGCGACGCCAUUCACUCCAUUUCUCGGACUCACUUCCUCAACUCCAUCAAGACUCUGCGGAAACCGGAGCAACCUCAGCAGCAGCAGCAGAAUAAGAAGCAGUUCGGCGACGCCGCCGAGGAUAAUCGUGCGGCGUCCGGUGGGUACGUGUUCGUUAAGGAGUUUGGAGUUUACGAUGAGGCGGUGCAAGAGGCCAAGAGCCUUAACGCCAUCCGCACUGCUCUGGAGAAUCUAGAAGACCAGCUCGAGUUUUUUCAUACUGUACAAUUACAGCAACGUGCUGAGAGAGAUGCUGCAAUUGCACGAUUGGAACAAAGCCGCAUUGUUCUUGCAAUGAGAUUGGCGGACCACCAGGGUAAGAAAUAUAAAGUAAUAGAGGAGGCCCUAGCUUUUGUUGGAGACGUUUGUGAUGCAAGUCGCUUUGUUUCAUGCGAUAAUCUAUUCGGUGCCACAAAUGGUUCGUCGGGGCAGAGCAUGGUGAAUCAUGGAAACAGAUCUAACAUUCUGAUCAAAGCUCUAAUUUCCGGUUUCAAUUUGGCAAGGAAGUCCCUUAUGGGUGGAGUACUGGGAAAUGCUGCAUUAGUUGCGGUUACUAUGAUGACCCUGCUGCAUUUCAAUAAAGUAGCUUAUAAAGAACUCAAACAUAAGCACGAAGGUGAUAACUACAGUUUUAAUGUGAGGAAGACUUUCAAGCAAGGGGAAUCAUCACCUAGAGGUAGUUUGGGCCAAUUGGAUGUGUUGGUGGCCCGGGGUUAACUUCUUGUCAACCUCUUUGCCAUUUCUUCCCACGAGACUUGAGGAAUGGAAUCAUUGGCAUCACCGUUAUGAUGAUGCAGUUUUCUUUAGGAUCUUUCUUCUCUCUCGAUCGAUCGAUCGAAUUUGCCGUGUAUAUUCUCACGUUUUUAGGUUCUGUGUGUUACGCCGGAUAUAUUCUUCUAAUAGAGAUGUGAAUGAUUGGUGCUUAUGCUACCGUUUUCUUUUCAUGUUUAUUUGCUCGGAAGUUGAAACGGCACACACUGAAAACUGCCUAUGAAAACUGCCUAUGAUCUCAUGGAAAACUCAGACUUGAGAGAGAGCAAGUGCAGAGUUUCAAGGGCAGCUAUAGGCAGUUAGCUGCAUCAUCUCCUCCUCUCUUUUCUCGUUCAUUCCUUGACAUCUGUGUUUAUGUAUAGAAGACUUCUCUUUCUUCCA